UUUGCUAGUACUUCUGGUCGGCCACUCAUCGUCGUCGUCACUCCCGGUGGUGUGCCAGCGAGGCAAGGCUUUCCUAUAAAAGCGUUUGCAUUUCCGUGCGGUACUUCAGUGUCGCAGGAAGCGUGCAGGCGUGCAAAAGUGAAGCAACACAGACACACACACACACCGGCGGCGCAGUGUCGAUUAACAACAGGUGUGUGCCAAACGAAACAGCAAUCCAGCUGCAGAUCGAGAGCAAGUUAGUGGUGGAUCUUGGUUGGUUGUUUGUCCCCUUUUUUCCCUCCGUUUCGGUGGUCGAUGGUAGUUUUUGGGCGCACACAAGACAGGGAACGGUGGUUUUCGCGCGGUUGAGUGUUACCAAUUGUUGGCGAAUAGUUUUUGUUUUAAUUAAAGUACGAUCGGUGAGACAAGUUAGCAUUUUAAAACGCAACACUAGAGAUCCACGUGUUCCAGUGAAACGAUCGGUUGAAGGAAAAGCGACGCAUCGCCUUUCCGGGCCAUCAUUAUUAUCCUGCUCGAUUGGUUGCGGAAACAAGCGAACGGCAUCAGCAUGACCCGGCGAACGGUGCAACCUUUGGCGCGCGAGCAGUCCUCCUCCUCCUCCUCCUUCCUCUUCUCUUGCAUCAGCACCACCGUCGCGCUGGUCCUGUUCGGGGCGCUCGUGCUGGCGGCGGUUGCCGAUGCUGACCCGAUGGUGGAUAGUGCCAGCAGCCUGUACGGCGAUAACAAACACGCAAGCGAUAAGCGCCCCUUCUUCGUCGGCAGCCGAUACGGGCGAUCGCACGUGUACGGUGCGAAGGAUAUGCGGCAGGUGAACGUGGUACCGCGCAACGAUCGCUUCUUCCUCGGCUCACGCUACGGCAAACGUUCCGACCUGACGAAGGAAAUCGAAUCCGACAACAAUAAUGGUAUCGCCGAGCUGACCUAUCUCGCCUGUCUGCAUACGGGCGUCUCGAAUCUGUACCGAUGCUACAGUCGCGAUUCAUCUUCGAAUGCACUACACCAGCAGGAAACGGAACAGUUCGAUCAACAGCAACAAGAGCAGCAGCAGCAGCAUCAACGCCAGUUCAACGACAAUGCCGACCUGUCGGAAAAGUAAUCAAAGUAACCGGCCGGUGCGAUCAAUGCAACCCCACACACCAUAGCCUACUAAAUGCCCGCGUCGGCUCGACGCGUUCAUCUCACAUUAUACUUAAUCUUCGCCUUUUCGCCAUUUCUUCACAACAAAAAAGAG